AUUGCAAAAAAUGUUCACAUGGAAUCAGACUCAUGUUAUCACAACUGCUUUAAUGUAAUUAGGUUUGAGAUGACCACUGUAUUAUAUUGAUUCUUGUCUGAAUUGUGAGGGCUUGUUACCUAUUUGUCAACAAUCUCAUCUUCCUAUGGGCUGAAUGCAUUAUUCAGAGAAGGAGGAUAAUGGUAAGUCUGUAUUCUGCACUGCAAGCUUUUAUAAUUUCACAUUUAGCCAAUUUAAACAAAAAAUCUAUAGUUUUGCUUUUGAAACUUUUCUUGAAUGAAGAAUAAAGACACUCCAUUUAAAACUCCAUAUGUGUAGUGAGAUAAAUAAAAAAAAUCAGAAAAAUCAAAUUUAUAUUUAUCUUUUGUAUUAAAUACAUUCAGCAUUGUAAUUCUUUAUUAGUAUCAAAAUACACGUCACUCCCACUCACCACAGACACAUUAUUUUAUUAUAAGGAUGAGGACUUUUAUUUUGACAAGUUUUUUAAUAACCCGGAAAAACAGCAGAACCGUUGCUCCCCUAGCACUUCUUUAAGAUGGCUUUACUAUCUUUUGGUUAUUUUGUUUGAAUACUGGUUAUAAUCGUAUUCUGUAUAAAGUUUAAUUCGGAUUUAAGGGCUUUGCCCACUGUAGGUGGUGUCCGAUCUCGGCGACUCCUUCCAUUUCCCUGCGACAUUCUGCACGUAUCAGUGCUGUUAACACUGGCUUUGGUGAUGAGUUUAUAAAUAUGAUCAGCUCUUCAAUCAGACUACAUCUAGAUCAGUGCUCCUGUUAAAAUGGACACCAUGGAGAAGCUGAUGAAGGCGUUUGAGUCGCUCAAAUCAUUCCAGCAGCAGCAGCAAGAUCCGCUGACGGCCGAAGAGCUCAUCCAGAAACAGAAAAAAGACCUUGCUACAGCCAGGUCUUUUGUCAAGGACAGAGUGAAUCACUGUCUGACGAUAUGUGAAAACAUCGUGGCGCAGUCCCUAAGGACAUCACCAGAGUUCCAGAAACUUCUUGGAAUUGCCAUGCAAAUGUUCUUGCUGUGCAGUGAUGACAAGGAGUCUGACGUCAGGAUGGUGGCAGAUGAGUGCCUCAACAAAAUCAUCAAAGUAUUGAUGGAUUCCAACUUGCCUAGACUGCAGCUUGAACUAUACAAAGAGAUUAAAAAGAAUGCUGCCUCUCGGAGUCUGCGGGCAGCUCUCAGGAGGUUUGCUGAGCUUGCUCACCUGGUGCGUCCACAGAAAUGCAGGCUGUACCUGGUGAAUCUGCUGCCAUGUCUGACCCAGAUCACUAAACGUCAAGAGGAGACGGUGCAGGAAACUCUGUCUUCCUCAAUUCCUAAAAUCACGGCUGCCCUUGGACACUUUGCCAAUGAUGGAGAGAUCAAGGUGUAUGAGCUGUCCCUGCACUACACACAGCACUGGGAUCAUAAUGUGGUGACGGCGUCUUUAGAGCUUCUUCAGCAGGUGUUUCGCACUCCUCCUCCUGAGCUGCUGAACACACUCAUAAUGCCUGGAAAAAUCACACACACUAGUGUCUUCAGAGAAGAGACAGAGAGCCGUGCAUGCAGUGGCAGCAUCACCGAGCUUAUUGCUGGUGGGUCAGCAUGCAGUCCUCUCCUCAUCAGGAAGCAGAAAGGAAAGCUGUUGUCAGGUGAAGAAGAGGGUUUGGAGGAUGACCCUGAGAGGGCAGAGGUCACCACAGGAUCUUUUAAUGCUUCAGUAGGUGGUGACAGCUCCAGUGAAGCUCCGUCAUCGUCAGGCGUUUCGUCACUUGGCACAACUGACAUCAUCACAGAGCAGCCACGUUCCUCCCAGAACGCUUUGCAGUUGGAGGACUCAGUAGACCUGAGUGCGUCAGAGCAGAGGGUAGGGCCUGAUACUCCAGACGAUGAAGAUGAGGAGGACAUGCUUAGCCGCAGCUCAAGUGGAGGCGCAGAGGUCGUCAGCACGUCCUCUGACUUGAUAACAGACUGCAACCAAAUGUCUACAGGAGCCGCAUCAUUAUCGCCCCCUAGUGACAGUUUCCAGAUGACUACGGAGGGGCCGGACUCUGCCGUGACGCCUUCAGAUUGCACUGAGAUCGUAAGUGGCAAGAGCACCAGCAGACGCUAUCGGAACUAUUCACCUUUGCCAGAAGGGCUGGACACGCACUCCGACAGCGAGUCAUCUUCCUACAGGCCAUCCUUUUCUUCCACCUCUACGUCUUCUUCCUCUACCUUUUCUGCCAUCUUCUUCUCUAGCAGUAAUGACCAGGUGUUGGACGGCAGUGAGAGUCAGUACUCAGGGAUGCAGAUCGGCACAUUGGAGGACGAGGAAGAGGAGGGAACAGCUCCACCGCCUGACAAACCUUUGGAACCUUUCUCCCAGUCUGCUCUGGCUUUAAGUAAGCCCCACGUGCUAGAGGGCAAAGGUCACAACAGGCAAUCAUCUGACAGCAGUGUGGAUCGAUUUAUACCAAAGGAAGAGGUUCUGGAGGCAGCAGAACUUGACAACAAGUGUGAGGGAGAAAGGGUUAUGGGGCUGGUUCCUGAUAAUGAGGUCCGUGUGAGCCUGAAGGCGUUAGCUGUCAGCUGUGUAGGGGCAGCAGCAGCUCUUCUGCCAGAGGCUUUCUUUAACAGACUUUACCUGCACCCGAUAGAUGGACAGCAACCAGAUGAGCAACAGAACAUCAGUGAUGUACUGCAAUACAUUGAACAUGGGGACCCUCAGAUCAGAGGAGCCACAGCCAUCCUGUGUGGGGCUUUAAUCCAGGCCAUCCAGCUGAAGACACGAUACAACACAGAGACUUGGCUAUCACAGAUCCACAGCAUCACAGGAAACUCUGUGACACUGGAAGACUUUGUGCCUCUGCUGCAGCGCGGUCUAAAGGAUGAAUCCUCAGUCACAUGUAAAAUGGCCUGUGCUGCUGUUAGGCACUGCAUCAUGGCACUGUGUAGUGGCAGUCUCAGUGAACUGGGUCUGCAGCUGCUCAUUGACCUCUUGUCCCUGAAAAACUGCUCUUAUUGGCUGGUUCGCACUGAGCUCCUGGAAACACUUGCUGAGAAAGACUUCAGGUUAAUUAGUUUCUUGGAGAGAAAAACUGAGAAGUUACACAAAGGAGAGCAUCACUACACUGGGUUGUUGAGGCUGCAGGACAGAGUUCUGAAUGAUGUUGUGCUUUACCUGCUGGGCGAUGAGGAUGCACGUGUCAGACACAUAGCAGCUAACACCAUCAGCAGGUUAGUGCCCAGGUUGUUCUAUGACUGUGAGCAGGCUCAGGCAGACCCGGUUGUGGCCAUUGCUCGAGACCAGAGCAAUGUGUACCUACAAUUACUAAUGCACGAGUCCCAGCCACCAUCACUCUUCACCAUCAGCACUAUAACACGAACGUACCGCAGAUACAGCCUGUGUCAGAAUGCGCCGGAUAUUACCGUGGAGAACAAUUUGUCUCGUGUCAUCACUGCCAUCUCCCAUGCACUCACAUCUUCCACUUCCAGAGCUAUUACAUUUGGCUGUUGUGAGGCUCUGUGCCUUCUGUCUAGCACCUUCCCAGUGUGCACCUGGAGCACAGGCUGGCACUGUGGCUUUGUGAGCUCCUCUGUCUUUCACCUCAACCGCUCCAGCCAGUACCGCAGCAGAGGACAAUCCUUCAGUCUCCCUCAGCCUGGCAGUAGUGAGGAGGUACGCAACUCUCUGACGGUGGGCGUGGCCGGUAUGGUUCUGUCUCUCCUCUCUUCCGCCUGGUUUUCUCUUGAUCUCUUGGCCCAUCAGGCUGCUCUGCUGCUGGCUGGAAACCUUCUUGCAGCUGUUGCACCAAAGUGCAUGAAGAGUCCUGGGACAGGUGAGGAGGACUCUAGCUCUGCCCCCUCCAAGCAGGAAGAGGCGUGGUCUGCUCUCAGUGACAGAUCUCUGGUUGUUAUGGUGGAGCAGAUGUUCUCACACCUGCUGAAGAUCAUGAACAUCUGUGCGCAUGUGCUGGACGACACGCCCCCAGGCCCUGCUGUGAAGGCCACAUUGCCCUCAUUGGUCAACACUCCGUCUCUCAGUCCAAUUAGGCGAAAGGGCAAAGAGAAGGAGAUGAGUGAGACGAGCACCACCCCAAUGAGCCCAAAGAAAGGAGGAGAGACCAACACAGGUAGAGCAGCAGACAGCACAUCAACUGCAGCGGUUAACAAGUCCACCACUCUGGGCAGUUUUUACCACCUCCCCACGUACCUGAAGCUAUAUGAUGCACUGAGAGCAACUCAAGCCAACUACAAAGUCACAUUAGAUCUCCACAACACCAACGAGAAGUUUGGGAGCUUCCUGAGGUCAGCACUUGAUGUCCUUUCUCAGCUGCUUGAGUUGGCCACCAUUUUGUCAAUGAACUGAUAUAUGAUAUCUGAGUGUUUAGAAAGUGUGGAAGAGAUCCUGAGUUACCUCAAGUCCUGUUUCUCACGAGAACCGACUAUGGCUACUGUGUGUGUUCAACAGUUGUUGAAGGCAUUGUUUGGGACCAACAUUGCGUCUCAAUACGAGGGGGCCUCGUCUCAAACGUGUCGGUCACAGGGCAAGGCCCUCUGACUCAGCUCGACCAGUGUGAGGCCUGGCCUUUAUCAUUACUGCUUCAUGGCUCCAUACACACACUUUACCCAGGCCCUUGCAGAUGCCAGUCUCAGAAACAUGGUGCAAGCUGAACAAGACCAGGAUGCCUCUGGGUGGUUCGAUGUCAUGCAAAAAGUAUCCAAUCAGGUGAGGUCAAGCAUCACCAAUGUCACUCGCCAUCAAGGAGACAAGAAUGCUAUUCAUAAUCAUAUACGCUUGUUUGAGCCUCUGGUGAUAAAGGCUCUGAAACAGUACACCACCAGCACCUCAGUGGCCCUGCAAAGACGGGUGCUGGAUCUGCUCGCCCAACUAGUGCAACUCCGAGUCAACUACUGCCUGCUCGAUUCAGACCAGUAUACAAUCCCUGCUCUGCAGCCUAUAGUGCACGACUUGUUUGUGCUGCGCGGCUCUAAUAAAGCUGAUGCAGGAAAGGAGCUGGACACUCAGAAGAAGGUGGUAGUGUCCGUGCUGUUACGCCUCAUUCAACACCAUCAGGUUCUGGAGGUGUUUAUUCUUGUCCUACAGCAGUGCCACAAGGAGAAUGAAGAUAAGUGGAUGAGGCUUUCACGACAGAUUGCUGACAUCAUCCUGCCGAUGAUCGGCAAACAACAAAUGCACCUGGACUCUCAUGAGGCAUUGGGAGUAUUGAACACCCUGUUUGACACAGUGGCUCCCUCCUCCCUGCAGCCGGUGGACAUGCUGCUGAAGAGCAUGUUCAUCACACCAUCUACCUUGGCAUCAGUGGGCAUGGUGCAGUUGUGGGUGUAUGGCAUUCUCGCCAUCCUUCGUGUUCUCAUCUCGCAGUCCACAGAGGACAUCAUUUUGUCUCGUAUUCAAGAGCUUUCACUGUCACCAGACUUUCUCUCCUGUCCCACCAUCCGCCAACUCUGUGAUGAUGACCCCUCACCCACUGUUGCCCAGCUUUCUGUUAUGGAAGAGACCAAUGGGGAGCCCCAGCGCUUCCCACCCGAGGAAACCUUCACCAGGUUCUUAUUGCAGUUGGUGGGGGUGUUGUUGGAUGAUAUUGCCACCAAGCAGAUGAAGGUUGACAUGAGUGAGCAACAGCACACGUUUUACUGUCAGCAGCUGUGUACACUGCUCAUGUGUCUCAUCCACAUCUUUAAAUCAGGAAUGUUCCGGCACAUAAUGGCGGCAGGAAGCAGGCUGCUGAAGGCAGAGGGAGGUGAGGGGGGUAGCUUUUAUACCCUGGAAGGUCUUAACGGCAUGGUGCUCCAGCUCAUUACAACACACCCAUCUCUGAUCCUGCUCUGGUGUCAGGUCCUUCUCAUCAUCAACUACACCAACUACACCUGGUGGUCAGAGGUGCUUCAGAUGCCCAGGAGGCACAGUCUGUCCAGCACUAAGCUGCUGAGCCCACACUCAUCUGGAGAGGAGGAGAGACCAGAGGGAAAACUGGCCAUGUGUAACAGAGAGAUUGUCAGACGAGGGGCCCUUAUCCUCUUCUGUGACUACGUGUGUCAAAACCUGCACGACUCUGAGCAUCUGACAUGGCUGACAGUGAAUCAUGUGAGCGAUCUGAUCAAUCUUUCCCAUGAGCCACCAGUGCAGGAUCUAAUCAGUGCAGUGCACCGAAACUCUGCGGCCAGCGGCCUCUUCAUACAGGCUAUACAAUCACGCUGCAAUAACCUUUCUACUCCUGUGAUGCUGAAGAAGACUCUACAGUGUCUGGAGGGCAUUCACCUCAGUCAGUCUGGGGCUCUGCUCAUGUUAUAUGUGGAAAAACUUCUCAAUACGCCGUUCCAUGUGCUGGCUCACAUGGUGGACACACUCGCCUGCAGACGUGUGGAGAUGCUGCUGGCCGAGACCUUACAAAAUAGUAUAGCUCAGCUACCUCUGGAGGAGUUGGCCAGGAUUCAGCAGUACCUUCAGACCAGUGGCCUUGCUCAGAGGCAUCAGCGGUUCUAUUCCCUGCUGGAUAGUUUCAGAGCCACCAUUGCUGAAGAUACCGUGAGCCCUGCUGCCCCCAUUACCUCACACCCACUGGAUGGGGACCUGCCCCCUCCCCUCAAAAAUGUUGAACCCAACAAGGAGUGGUAUGUUGCUCUGGUGAAAUCUCAGUGUUGUUUGAGAGGUGAAGGAGCUCUAUUUGAAACCACAGAGCUGCUGACCAAACUUCCCCAAUCUGACCUAAACAAAAUAAUGACUUGUAAGGACUUUAACCUGUGUCUGCUGGCAUCAUGUCUGAGUGUUGGAAUGCAGAGGAUGCGUAAGGAUCAUGGGGCAGUUUUAUUUGAGACAGCUCAACUGGUGGCCUUUGAGCGAUUGGCUGGUAUCAUAGAGCUCCUCCCUUCCCCUCACCAGCCUCUCCUCUCUUCCUCCAAGACAUCUGUGGAUGCCUACAGGGAGAAACUCAAUAAAGUGUAUGGUGAGCCUGGGUUUUAUCAGACUGUGAUGAGUCUGUGUGGGGUGUUGAGUCAGUAUCUGCUGUCUCUGUCCAAAUUGCCCUCCUCACUACACAAUCCCAAAGACAGAGAGGCGCUCAUUACCACCUUCAGCACCCUCGCCAUAGAGGUGGUGGUGUGGCGUUUGCUGCAGGAUCAGCUGCCUCUGAGUGUAGAUAUUCAGAUGAGUCUAUCGUGUCUGUGUCUGGCUCUCCAGCAGCCGGCAGUGUGGACACACUUCACUUCCCCUUCCUACCUCACACACACCUGCUCCAUCAUCCACUGUAUACAGCUCCUCAUCCAUGCAGUCGCUGUUAGUCCUGGUGACCAGCUUCUGAGGCCGGAGAGGUGUGCUAACUCAUACAGUGAGUUAGCACACACACAACUUACACACCGAUCCGUGAAAACCACAAUGGCAAAUGUUAAUGUAAUGUGUUUUUCAGAUCAGCGUGAAUGGCGGUGUUGUGAGAUCAUGGCUGAGCUGGUCGAAGGACUGCAGAGUGUGCUGGCUCUGGGUCACCAUAGAAACAAGAACAUCCCAGCAUUCCUUACGCCAACCCUACAGAAUGUCAUCAUCAGCCUGGCCAGACUGCCCCUCGUAAACAGCUACACCUGCAUCCCGCCACUGGUCUGGAAACUGGGCUGGUCCCCCAGGCCUACUGGAGAGUUUGGGACAGCGUUGCCAGAGAUUCCAGUAGAGUUCCUGCAAGAAAAAGAUGUCUUCAGAGAGUUUUUUUACCGCAUUAACACUCUGGGCUGGAGCAGUCGUACACAGUUUGAGGAAACAUGGGCCACUCUGUUGGGAGUGCUGGUCACUCAGCCAAUCACGAUGGACCAAGAGAAGGAGACCCAGCAAGAGGAGGAUCUGGAGAGGACUCAGAUAAAUGUACUGGCAGUGCAGGCGAUCACAUCUCUGGUGCUGAGUGCCAUGACACUACCAACGGCAGGAAAUCCAGCCAUCAGCUGCCCUGAACAGCAACCCCGAAACAAAAUCCUUAAAGCUCUGAACACUAGGUAUGGCCGUAAGCUGAGUGUAAUCAGAGGUAUGGUUGAGCAUGAAAUUCAGACCAUGGUGUCCAAGAGGGACAACAUCGCCACACACUUCCCCUAUCAAGCUUGGGACCCUGUGCCAUCUUUAUCAGCCUCACUGGCAGGCACCCUGAUCAGUCACGAGAAACUCCUUCUGCAGAUAAACACAGAGAGGGAGAUGGGCAACAUGGACUACAAACUGGGUCAAGUGUCAAUUCACUCAGUGUGGUUAGGAAAUAAUAUCACCCCUCUGAGGGAGGAAGAGUGGGGUGAGGAUGAGGAAGAUGAAAUGGAUGCACCAGCACCUCCCUCACCACCAUUAUCACCAAUCAACUCCAGAAAGCGCCGUGCUGGGGUUGACAUCCACUCCUGCUCCCAGUUCCUCCUGGAGCUCUACAGCCAGUAGACCCUCCCAGGCAACCCCAGCAGUAGGAAGACACCUGUUGUGCUCAUCAGUGAGGUGGUCAGAUCGCUGCUGGCAGUGUCUGAUCUCUUCACAGAGAGGAAUCAGUUUGAUAUGAUGUUCUCCACUCUGACUGAGCUGCAGAAGGUCCAUCCACCAGAAGAUGAGAUCCUCAACCAGUACCUCGUGCCGGCUAUCUGCAAAGCAGCUGCAGUGCUGGGCAUGGAUAAGGCCAUUGCUGAGCCUGUGUGCCGUCUGUUGGAAAGCAUCUUACACAGCACUCAUCUGCCAAGUCGGAUUGGUGCACUACAUGGAGUUCUGUAUGUGCUGGAAUGUGACCUACUGGAUGACACAGCACGCCAGCUUAUACCUAAUGUCAGCGAAUACUUGCUCUCUAACCUUAGAGCCAUAGCACACUAUGUGAAUCUACACAACCAGCAGCAUGUGCUGAUGAUAUGCACUGUGGCAUUCUACAUGAUGGAGAACUACCCACUGGAUGUAGGGUCAGAGUUCAAUGCUGGGGUCAUUCAGCUGUGCUGUGUGAUGCUGUCAGCUAGCGAGGAGGCCACCCCGUCCGUCAUUUACCACUGUGUUCUUCGCGGUCUGGAGCGUUUGCUUCUGUCCGAGCAGCUGUCACACAUGGACGCAGAAACGCUAGUCAAGCUGAGCGUGGACCACGUGAACAUGCCCAGUCCACACCGCGCCAUGGCUGCCCUAGGUCUCAUGCUCACCUGCAUGUACACAGGUGUGGCUGCAGAGGAAGGGAAAGAGAAAGGAAGUCCUGGCCGCCCUGCCGAUGCAGAUCCUACAGCUCCUGUCAAUGAGUCAGUCAUUGUUGCCAUGGAGCGUGUAUCUGUUCUUUUUGACAGGAUUCGUAAAGGCUUUCCAAGUGAGGCACGUGUGGUAGCCCGGAUCCUUCCUCAGUUCCUUGAUGACUUUUUCCCACUGCAGGACGUCAUGAACAAAGUCAUCGGAGAGUUCCUGUCCAAUCAGCAGCCUUACCCACAAUUCAUGGCUACAGUGGUCUACAAGGUAUUUCAAACACUUCAUGCGACUGGCCAGUCCUCCAUGGUCCGUGAUUGGGUGCUACUAUCUCUGUCGAACUUCACACAGAGAACACCUUUCGCCAUGGCAAUAUGGAGCCUGUCCUGUUUCUUUGUCAGUGCCUCGACUAGCCAGUGGAUCUCUGCCCUCCUGCCUCAUGUCAUCAGUCGCAUGGGGAAGUCAGACACAAUGGACAUCAGCCUCUUUUGUCUGGUUGCUGUGGAUUUCUACCGACACCAAAUCGAUGAAGAGUUAGACUUCCAAUCCAUCUUUGAGAUGGUGGCCUCCCCUGGUAGUCCAUAUUACCAACUACUUUGCUGUUUGCAGUGUAUUCACCAAGACACAUCACUAUAAUACAGACCAUAACAACAAGACUGACGACAGACCACAAUACUGCAUAACAAUAUAUCAUUAGGAUCUACAUUGCAGUUAAUGUUGGUAACAUAAUGUGGCCCAUACUAAAGCAGAAGACACAACACUUAAUAGAACAUUACGAACCAGGACACAUGGCAACAAGAAACCAUAAUCUUAGAUUGGAUAUAAGGAGCUUAAUCAGUUGACAUGAUACAAUCUGUGAUAUACAAGAGGACAUUUCCCCAAAUAGCUCAUAGUUAUUAGAGACAGUGGGUCCAAAGCACAUCCACUGAAGUGUGUGGCCACAAGAAUCACAUUGCACCCAAACACCAUUACUCUUGAUUUAAAAAAAAAAAAAAAUAUGUCUACUACUACUACUACCAUACAUCCAGAAUAUGUGACUUUAACCUCAUGGCACAAUGAAAAGUCUAUAUGGAAGCAGGCAUUUUUUCUCCAAAAUCUGUUUGUAAAAAUUAAUUUGGAAUCUGCAAAUGUUACUGAAGGUUUCUUGUCAUGCAGUCUAAACAGUCAAAGCAAAUAGAGAGUUUCAGUUAUAAACAAAAUGACUGAAGAACAUGUAGUGAAUGAUGAAACAAAAACUACAGAUGCAAAUCACCCAUUGUUAAAAUACUUCAGCAUCUCCUGCACUUGUUAACAGCUCGAAGAUCAGAUUUGUGUUCACAGACCGUAUGGAAUUUGCCCAAGUUCAGAUAUUCAAGUUACUAUAAAUGCAAGGGUAGUCUGUAUCGGUUUCUACCCUUAGUCCACCAAUCUAAAGUCACCAGGCACCUGAAUUGCCAGAAACGAAGUUUAGUUUACCUUUUACAAUUUAGUUGUCUAUAUUUGUUGUUUUUAAGUUGACACAUUUUUUAAAAAAAAAAACACAAAACCUGAUCGCAAAUGUGACUCUGAAGCCCUUUUAUUUGGACAGGGUUUGAAAUAGCCAUAGCGGUUAGCAUAGAGUGGUUUUUAGAUUACACGGUGUCUGCUUGCGAACAGGACAGCUCAAUUCUACAUGACAUGAUGAGUACCUUGCAACACAUGUAUCUUUGGUUAUUUGUGAAAUUUCUUUUAAAAUCUCAGGAUGUAAGAUAUGAUUAUUGAUCUAGUUUAAUAAAUGGAAGUAUGUAUUUUAAUCGAGUGUUUACAUCAUGUACAAUUUGUGUUAAAUAAUACUUGUGAUGAAAUGAAUAAACUGUGGUGCAUGACAACGGCCAUAUUUGGACAUGAGAUGGCAUAAACCGAAAGGCCAUUAGUAAACGAAUGUGCGCAAUAACCCAGCCUUUCUUUUCAAUUUUCUGAGACUUGGGGGAGAAAAAAACAAUCAUUUUAUUGUUGUCUUGGGUAGCAUAGGAGCCUUUCCUGUAAAUAGAAGCCUUAGUUGACAAGCUGAAGAUAUCUUUUUAUAUUAACUUGAAGCAAGUUGUAGUCUGCUUGCAAUAUUGAAUAUUUUAUGUGAUGUCACAAUAACAGUUGAAAUGGGGUGACUGUUGUGAUUGUUAGUGGGAUGACAGUCUACAUGGACACCGUUUGACUAUAACUUCAAAUGACCGAAAAGUUUGGCACUCACAGCAUGCUGUUUAGUUUGCUACCAUGAAGACAGAAUUAGCUGGUCACGUUUGAUAGUGUACAGACCCUAAUAGAUAUUUGUUUAUUCUGGAGCAAUAAGAUGUUUGCUUUGUCUUAGUGAAGCAGAAUAUGUACAUAGCACUUGAUACUUGAAAUUUUCACUGCUCCGCGAAAGCCUUUACCUUCUCUGAAAUGUGUUGGCACAUUCACCUUUGGAUCAAUAUUGCGCUAUGCCUACAGGAUUUCUUGCAAGUAAACAUAUUUAGAGAUUAUAGUGCCAUUCAAAAUGAUGGAUUUACAUAGUAAAAUUGGUUGUUUGCUUGUUGGGCUGCUUCAGUGGCCAAAUAGGACAGUAGUAUUGAUGUCAGAUACAGCUAGAAUAACUUGAAUGCCUUUAACAAAGACCAAACAUGAAAAUACUACAGAAUUGUAACAUUUCCUUUGUGUGCCUAAAACUGACAAUUUAAGAAAUAACUGAAAGUAAAUACUUUCAUGCUCUUUAUUUUGUGUGUUUAGGAAGCUUAGAAGAGGAGGGGAUAACCCUGACUGGUUAAAUGCUUCUCAGGUGAAUUUUUUUUAAUUCAGAACAUUUUUGUUCUACCCUUUUGACACCCUGCCCUGUUUACCUCCAUUUUUCUCUCCUCACAAAAGUAGUGAUCUUUUAGAGCAGAUAUCAGAUAAGCCUAUUGUACAUGGAGAUGGGUGAGACCUAACUGGAUAUCAGUGGAUAGGAGCGAAAUGUCCCAGAAGUUUCACAGUAUAGGAUGCAGUGAUGGUCUAGCACCGGAGCCUUUUUUAUUUUAAUUGUUUUUUUGUUUUUUUUAGGGAAACUCAUUCCCUUUAUGCUAUUUAUUCAACUCACUUCUGCAGACUAUGGACCGCUAAAAAGGACAAAAAAGUUAUGUAUUUGUUUUAAUGGAUUAUUUUAACGUCAAAUCAUGAGAAGACUAUAACAUAGAAAUAAAAGAUAAAAA